ACCCGCCCCGGCCCUGCCCGCCGCGGGAGGCGGGGCCCCGGCCGCCAUUUUAGGUCCGUGCGCCUGCCCCUGGGGAGCGUGGUCUGUGGCGGGCCGCCAGGUCAACCUCCUGCAGCGCGGUGCUCGGGGGCCAGGGGCAGGCACGCAGAGCCAGAGUUACUGUCACUUUGGUGUACGUUCAGAGAGGACAAUGUCCAGCGUGGCUGUGGUGACCGGCUCCAACAAGGGGAUCGGCUUCGAAAUCGUGCGGGCUAUGUGCAAGCGGUUCCCAGGGGAUGUGUACCUCACAGCCCGGGACCCCGGACGUGGCCAGGAAGCAGUGGCGAAGCUCCAGGAGGAAGGGCUGCAUCCUCUCUUCCACCAGCUGGAUAUUGAUGAUCCGCAGAGCAUCAGAGCUCUGCGGGACUUCCUAAAGCAGAAAUACGGAGGUCUGAAUGUGCUGGUGAACAAUGCAGCGAUAGCUUUCAAAGUUAAUGACCAAACUCCGUUUGCGGUCCAAGCAGAGGUUACCCUGAAGACAAACUUUUUUGGAACUAGGAAUGUUUGCACAGAAUUGUUGCCUAUCAUGAAGCCUUAUGGUAGAGUGGUGAAUGUCUCUAGCAUGGCAAGUAGCUCGGCUCUGGGACGCUGCAGCCAAGAACUACAGAAGAAGUUUCGCAGCGACACAAUCACCGAGGAAGAGUUGGUGGAGCUCAUGACAAAAUUUGUGGAAGAUACCAAGAAAAAUGUGCAUGAGAAAGAGGGGUGGCCAAAUACUGCCUAUGGGGUGUCCAAAAUUGGUGUCACAGUCUUGUCCAGGAUUCAAGCCCGGAUGUUUAAUGAGAAAAGAAAAGGGGACCACAUCCUUCUCAAUGCCUGCUGCCCUGGGUGGGUGAGAACAGACAUGGCAGGUCCUAAGGCCCCUAAAUCACCAGAGGAAGGGGCUGAGACCCCAGUUUACUUAGCCCUUUUGCCUUCGGAUGCUGAUGGUCCUCAUGGCCAGUUUGUUAGUGAGAAAACUGUUCAGACCUGGUGAUUUUAUGGUUAGUGGACCCAUGCAAGCGGUAAUAUGGCUGUGUGCCUUGGUAGUGACACCCCGAGCAGUCUCAUCCUUUCCACAGCAGUGUGAGGGUCCUUUGUCAUUACGGUGGGGGUUACAUUUCCAGUGUUUCUCUAACACUGUCUUUACGCUCAGAAUCUUCCCAGCAGCAUCUGUUAACCUCGUUAACACGUUAACCUCCGCUGAGGUGCCUGACCUUGUUUACCAGAAUUUGGUCUCCAUUAAGUCACUGCCAGCCCUUCACUUCUCAUGCUACCCCUGAGACAGCCAUGGAUCUCUGGCAUGGGGCUCUGAUGAGACAAAUGCCUUAUGCUUUCUUAGUGCAACAGAUCUUUUUGGGAACCACAGGUUCUUGAGUUUGUAUGUGAUUUCUUAAAGGAGAAUUAGUUGUUGUUUUUUUGUUUUUUGUUUUUCUCAGAGCUACAAUCUAACCAGUUUUUGGGGGAAGCUAAUCAGAUUCAAACAGAACCACUUGUAUAAAAAUUCCUUGUCACUACAAAAUGGAAUUAGGUGAAAAUAAAAAUUGCACUUGUAUACCAUUAGUUGGAAAACCUGUCCAGUGGGCUUUAUUAAUGUGUACGCCAAUAAAUGAUUACUUCUGGAAUUCUAUUAUUGUGAUACUAAAAAUAGAUGUUUGUUGAAAAUACACUUUAAUUUUUUGCAUCCAGACCUGUAGCUGGAAUAUGUGAUGUUUGGAAUAUAUUAAGAGAAAAUAAACUAUAGAACUGAUAAUAGCAAACAUC